AUGAACAAAGAUUCAGACCUGACCGGGUUGAGAUGUCGUGAUUUGGCCAUUGGUUUGACGCCUCACUCCAACCCAAGCAUUGAAUCAAUGAGAGCCACACCAGUGGUGGUAAGCAAUGGGGCUCAACACGACAUCUCGACUCUUAAACUGUUGCAAAUAGUGCAUCGGCAUGGGGAUAGAGCACCGGCGGUUUGGACCAAAAAGGAUCCCUUUAAGGACAUCAAGUACUGGCCGGCAGGGUUUGGUGAGUUGACAGCACAGGGCAAGUAUCGGAUGUAUACAUUGGGACAGUUUUAUAGACGGGAAUACAGCAGCUAUUUGGGAGAGAGCUACUCGCCCCACGAGGUAUACGUUAGGAGCUCUUCGGUGCACCGUUGCAUAGAAAGCGCCAUGAGUUUGAUGGCCGGCGCUUACCCACCGAAAGGGAACUGGACGUGGAACAGAGACAAUAAGUCGGCAUUGGGUGUGGAGUGGCAGCCCAUCCCCAUUGAGACAUUCAUUCCCAAAUCACAGGACACUGUACUCGAAGGGUACACCAAAUGUAAAGCGGCUGAAGACGACCUCAACCGUGUAUACAAUCAGUCAGUGAUCCAUGAGUUUGAGGCCAAAUACAAGCAAUUGUACGAAGAAUUAACGAAAAUCACUGGAAGUGAGAUCAAGGAUGUCUAUACGGCUGUCGAUUUCUACGACACGUUUCAGAUAGAGUUUGAUAACAACCACUUCUGGCCAGACAUAGGACAGGGAGAUAAAGCCAAACAAAUUCUGAGUCAACUCCACGAUCACGAGGUUCUCGGCUAUCGGUACGAUUGGGACAGUCCUAUACUGAAGCGCAUGAGGGCCGGCGGUUUGAUUCAGCUAUUGAAUGAGAACUUUAAGCUAGCACAAAACAAUACAAAUCCAUACAAACUAUAUGUGUAUUCAACGCACGGCGAGAAUAUCGGUGCGAUUAUGGCAGCGCUCAACCUCUAUAACGGAAAUUCUCCUCCAUUUGGCACAACACUGCUCUUUGAAUUGCAUAAAAGUAGUGAUUAUUUCGUGAGAAUAUAUCUCCAGAACUCGACUCGUUUUGACUACACGCCCACCUCACAGGAUCUUCAUCCCAUUCCCAUCACUGACUGCAAUAAUCAAUACGUCUGUCCACUUACACAGUAUAUGGAGUCAACCAAACAUUUAUUGUACGAUAACUUCGAGAAGGACUGUACGGUCAAUACCAACGAUUCAAGCGCACCCCUGACCCACACAAUCGCGCUCACAGUCGCAUUGAAUGCAUUAAGUAGUGAUCAAUAUGUGUCCGGAUAUGUGGAUAAGAAGAGACUAAUUCUGGUGACAAUCGGCAGACUUAUAACAACACUGAAUGUGAUUAGAUUUGGUUUCGGACUCUUCACAUCCAGCCCGAGGCUUAGGUUUUGGUUUUGCGACUUCUCGUAUCUUUUAGGCGGACGACAAAUCAUUAUCACCACUGUAAUCCUCUAA